AUGUCCCUUACUUCCUUCACAAGUGUACGCUCCGGGUACAGCCGGUUCCCACGACGGAAGAGAGAGAGCGUGGCACACAUGAGCUUCAGAGCUGCAGCUGCUAUUAUCAAGGUGAGCAGAGCUACAACAGUGAUUCGGAAAUGGUCUAAUUCUGGAGUAGCCAAUAGAUACAACUCACAGGAUACUCUUCCCGUUAUAUUGAAGUUGUAGUUUCACAGCUGCUAGAGCACUACCUUUCGGCUAACCUUGAAUCUCCUACAGUAUUUAGUAUCCGUAAAUCCUGUCUUCCACUCUAUUGAUAUAUAUCUGCUAUUCCAAUACUGUAAAAGAUUAAACCAUUUCACUGUGUGCCUCUACUACUCUCGCACUGUAAUAGACGCAGUCCUUUCAAAUUGUGUCUGCUAUUUCUGCAUUGUAACCGAUGCGACCCUGUCCCUGCAUACACACACUAGAGACACGGCUCUAUCACUGCGUUCCACUGCUGUUCCUCCUCUGUGUAACAUACAGCUCUGUCACAUUGUGUCUCUGCUAUUCUUGCACUGUAAUAGAUGCGGCCCAGUCAUUUUCUGCCUCUGCUAUUCCUGCACUGUAAUAGAUGCAGUCCAUGCCCCUGCAUACCUCCGCUAUCCCUACACUGUGAAAGACACAGCUCUAUCACUGCGUUCCACUGCUGUCCCUGGACUAUAACAUGUACAGCUCUAUCACAUUGUGUGUCUGAUAUUACUGCACUAUAAUACAUGCAGCCCUGUUAUUGUCUGUCUCUGCUAUUCUUGCAAUGUAAUAGAUGCAGCCCUGUCAUUGUCUGUCUCUGCUUUUCCGGCACUGUAAUAGAUGCAGCCCUGUCAUUGUAUGUGUGUGCUAUUCCUGCACUGUAAUAGAUGCAGCCCUGUCAUUGUAUGUCUGUGCUAUUCCUGCACUGUAAUAGAUGCAGCCCUGUCAUUGUAUGUCUGUGCUAUUCCUGCACUGUAAUAGAUGCAGCCCUGUCAUUGUAUGUGUGUGCUAUUCCUGCAAUGUAAUAGAUGCAGCCCUGUCAUUGUAUGUCUCUGCUAUUCCUGCACUGUAACAGACAUUCCUGCUAUUUCUAAUUGCACAAAUAGCCCAUGUUAAACACUAAUUUCAUGAGGCUGUAAAAGCAAACCCUUCUUUUCAUCAAGUUGCACUAAAAGCAACAAAUUAUCUAUUAUCCUAUAAAUCAAUUCUACAUCUCUGUAAUGUAUGUCUAGCAUAGGCACAGGAUGAAAGUCUUCACUCCAUUACCUGGAACUCCCCGUACCUCCAGGGCAUAGCUCAGUUCUCUGAGUAAAGGGGUGCGGCUUGUAGCCACUACACCCAGGUGUGCACCAAAUAGUUUAUUUUUAUUUUUUUAUUCUGCAGGUAAUAAAAUAAUCACCCGCUUGUGGUUUACAAUAUACCCGCUGUUUGUUCAUGGCCUCCCUCUUUUUAGCAAGAGGAACCAGGGCACCAACCCAUUAAUGUUUGCAGGUGUAAAUGAUUUCAUUUAGAUCCCUAGAAACGACAUUAGUGCGGUAGGCUGAAUGUGAUGUUCAUUUAGUUUGCGUAAUCAAACAGAACUAGACAUGGCCCAGCCUCUUUAUUGCACUUUGAUGUGUGUGUUACAAAAUACUCUGCACCCAGUGUGCGUUGAAGAAUUUGACUCUAUUCACUAUUUAGAAGUAUACACAGUGAGCUCUAAUGUUUGGCAACAUUUUGUGUGAUUGCAAUCUCAAGUGCGGAAUGCUUGGCUGAUAACAUGGCUUCUAAGUGUUUAAUCCAAUAAAUUGUUUGUUUUGUAUCACUUUCCAACUGGAAUGAUGUUUGCCUAAUACAUUGGGUAAUCAAAUAAAACCUAUUAAACUGUAAUUCAAUUGAACGAAUAGGAAAGUACAAAAUAUAUCGCUUACUUACACUUUUUUUUUUUCUAAUCCUUUAGAAAACAUGCCCACCACACUUCUUAUUCUAUAAAAUAUUUGUUUGCCUGUGAAAUGUCUUUAAAUUGUACUGUAACGUGCUAACAGUAGGUGAUGGGUGCUUUUCUGUUGUGAAGUCCAGACACCACAUCCACACUAAAUUAUUCGAUUAUAAUGAGUGUUGCAUACCACAAGUGCAGUCCACUGGUUACCAUGGCAAUCGCACCACUUUUAAAAUGUUUUGCUAGAAUGGUUAUUUAUAUGUAGUCUCCAAUGGGGGAGUUAUGUAUAAAAUGUACUGAGAUGAUUUGUGUUUAGUAUCCCCUGUGAAUCUGAACAUUUUAUUUAAUAAUUUUUUUUUUUUUAAUAUAAAAUAAAUAAAAUCCCUUUUGUUGCCAUUCAACAAGAGGAAAUGCAUAAAGAGAGUUGACAAAAUUCAUUACACAAUGACAUUUGUAGAAUUUGAGAAAGAUAAUAUAACACUUCACAAUUUGAGUUUUUUUUUUUUUGUUUUUUUUUUUUCUCUGUCUAUUGGAUCAAGAGUUGUGUGAAAAGACAUUAAGAUUUCAUUUCUGGCCUAUAUAUACACUACGUAACUAUGAUUUGCAAGUGUGGGCCAAACCUGCAAAAUUACAUGAAAUUUUUUUUUUUUUUUUUUUCAGUUAUUUAUAGUUUACACCAGGGGUAGGGAACCUUUUAGCAGCACUGUGCCGAUAUAGGAUUGUGAUGUCCCUUAGCGUGCCGAUCCUAUUUUUUUUUAAAUUGAGGUGUGUAUGCUGCCGUAUUCUGCUUGUGUUAUUUUACUGAAAUUGAUUUGUAUUGUUGAAUUUGUGCGUAUAGGAGCUAUUAUAUUGUAUAUGUUCAUUAGUACUUUAUGGUAUCGUGUAUGAUACAUAUGAAUGUGGGCUGUGUAUGGGGGUUGCUUGUGGAAUUGUGUGUGGAUGGAAAUGUCACCUUGUGUGUUUGGUAGUGUGUGGUCGCUGUUUGGGGUUUUGCACGUGAGAGGCUGCAUGUGGGAUUUUGUGCAUGUAUGUGGAUAGUUAGUGGUGUUGCGUUUGUGGGGAUUGUGUGUAUGUUUGUGUAUGGGCUGUUCGUAUUAUUUGUAUGAGGGGAGGGUUAUUUCUGUGUAUAUCUAGCAGUAUGGGUGGCUUCCCUAGGUUCCAGUGGGGUCCAGGCUGGCCAGGUAUAGCUCAAGUAUAGGAGCUGCAACAGUGCUCUACUACAGUGUGGAUUCCCAUUCACAAGUACUGGGAGGAAGUGAUCUGAGAUCACUUCCUCUAUGUGCUGCAAUGCAUAAAUUGAGGAUUGUCCUUCACCACCUCUUCGUAUUAGCAGAUAUCUGAAGUUUCACUGGGACUCCUGAUAGGAUAGAGCCUGUUUGUCUCUAGCAGCUUUGAGUGCCGUGCAAAGUCACCUCGAGUGUCGUGCAUGGCAAUAGUGCCGUAGGUUGCCUACCCCUGGUUUACACUGUAGUGUUAGGAAUACAAAACCAUAUUCCAAAUGCUCUAGUACCCCUCCUGGCAGCAAAUAAUGCGUUAAUAUCCAUUUUUCUCUUACGGGAUGCUAGCUCCGAUGUCCCUGGGUGCUGGAUUGGGCUUCUCCUUGGCUAACAUCAUGGUGACUCAAAGCUAAUGCACAUCCAUCACGCAUUAGACCUUCCCCAUAGGAAAGCAUUGAUUUAAUGCUUUCCAUAAGGGAUUUUUCAAGACACUGGGCAUCCUCCGUUAGAAGUUAACCCUGUAAUAUAAUUAUUGCAGUUUCUCAGAAACUGCAACAAGUGACAUUUCAGGGUUAAGGGGACCGGGGCACUGUACCCAGACCACUUCCGUGAGAUUAAGUGGCCUGGAUAUCCAUAGUGUCCCUUUAAUUAACCCCUUUGUUUUCAUGACCAGUCAGGACUCGGAAUAACUAGGUUUUUACACCACUGGUGCUUAAUUUUAGGAGUUUUUUUUAAAGAAAAAAAUUGAGGACAACCUCAGGUAUGUUUACUUUUGGUAGACAAAAAACAUAUUAAAUCACAUUGGCCUGAGGGUCUAUGAGGUGUAGGAUCUAUAAAAGGGGGGAUUAAUAUAUCGGUUAUGCCAGUUACUGGCACAACCAAUAUAUUAAUCCCCUCUUUUUAUAGAUCCUAAACCUUGAUGACCCUCAUGCCACUGUGGUUUAAUAAGGUGUUUUUUGUCUAUUUUUACUUCAAGGGUUACCCCUUACUAUGGAGCAUCUGAGUGAGAUUUUACUUUACCCACAGGUGCAAUAUAUAUAUAUAUAUAUAUAUAUAUAUAUAUAUAUAUAUAUAAAUAAUUUGUUUCGAUUUAGUCCCUGUUAAUUUAAGUAAAUCAGGAUUUUAUGGGGUUUUCCUGAGAGAGAUAGAGAUAUAUAUAUAUAUAUAUAUAUAUAUAUAUAUAUAUAUACACACACAGUUGCAAGAAAAAGUAUGUGAACCCUUUGGAAUGAUAUGGAUUUCUGCACAAAUUGGCCAUAAAAUGUGAUCUGAUCAUCAUCUAAGUCACAACAAUAGACAAUCACAGUCUGCUUAAACUAAUAACACACAAAGAAUGAAAUGUUGCCAUGUUUUUAUUGAACACACCAUGUAAACAUUCACAGUGCAGGUGGAAAAGUAUGUGAACCCCUAGACUAAUGACAUCUCCAAGAGCUAAUUGGAGUGAGAUGUCAGCCAACUGGAGUCCAAUCAAUGAGAUGAGAUUGGAGGUGUUGGUUACAGCUGCCCUGCCCUAUGAAAAACACACACCAGUUCUGGGUUUGCUUUUCAAAAGAAGCAUUGCCUGAUGUGAAUGAUGCCUCGCACAAAAGAGCUCUCAGAAGACCUACGAUUAAGAAAUGUUGACUUGCAUAAAGCUGGAAAGGGUUGUAAAAGUAUCUCCAAAAGCCUUGCUGUUAAUCAGUCCACGGUAAGACAAAUUGUCUAUAAAUGGAGAAAGUUCAGCACUGCUGCUACUCUCCCUAGGAGUGGCCGUCCUGUAAAGAUGACUGCAAGAGCACAGUGCAGACUGCUCAAUGAGGUGAAGAAGAAUCCUAGAGUGUCAGCUAAAGACUUACAAAAGUCACUGGCAAAUGCUAACAUCCCUGUUAGCGAAUCUACAAUACGUAAAACACUAAACAAGAAUGGAUUUCAUGGGAGGAUACCACAGAGGAAGCCACUGCUGUCCAAACAAAACAUUGCUGCACGUUUACAGUUUGCACAAGAGCACCUGGAUCUUCCACAGCAGUACUGGCAAAAUAUUCUGUGGACAGAUGAAACCAAAAUGGAGUUGUUUGGAAGAAACACACAACACUAUGUGUGGCGAAAAAAAGGCACAGCACACCAACAUCAAAACCUGAUCCCAACUGUGAAGUAUGGUGGUGGGGGCAUCAUGGUUUGCGGCUGCCUUGCUGUGUCAGGCCCCGGACGGAUUGCUAUCAUCGAAGGAAAAAUGAAUUCCCAAGUUUAUUAAGACAUUUUGCAGGAGAACUUAAGGCCAUCUGUCUACCAGCUGAAGCUCAACAGAAGAUGGGUGUUGCAACAGGACAAUGACCCAAAGCAUAGAAGUAAAUCAACAACAGAAUGGCUUAAACAGAAGAAAAUACGCCUUCUAAAGUGGCCCAGUCAGAGUCCUGACCUCAACCCGAUUGAGAUGCUGUGGCAUGACCUCAAGAAAGCGAUUCACACCAGACAUCCCAAGAAUAUUGCUGAACUGAAACAGUUCUGUAAAGAGGAAUAGUCAAGAAUUACUCCUGACCGUUGUGCACGUCUGAUCUGCAACUACAGGAAACGUUUGGUUGAAGUUAUUGCUGCCAAAGGAGGUUCAACCAGUUAUUAAAUCCAAGGGUUCACAUACUUUUUCCACCUGCACUGUGAAUGUUUACAUGGUGUGUUCAAUAAAAACAUGGCAACAUUUCAUUCUUUGUGUGUUAUUAGUUUAAGCAGACUGUGAUUGUCUAUUGUUGUGACUUAGAUGAUAAUCAGAUCACAUCACAUUUUAUGACCAAUUUGUGCAGAAAUCCAUAUCAUUCCAAAGAGUUCACAUAUUUUUUCUUGCAACUGUAUAUAUAUAUUUUUAUCAAUAAAUUUAAAUUGAUGGAUUUAUUUUUGAUGUUAUGAUAGAUUUAGGUGCGUGUUGAUUAGUAAUACAACCAGUAACUUUGCUUGUCGAUUGUUGAUCAUAUAACAAGAGAUUGUGUGAUGCUCAGAGAGAACACGGACGCUUUGUAAAACACACAAAUGGAAAGUUCAAAAUGUUUAGUGGUAAUUUCAAAUGAAUAUUAUACAUAGCCAGUGGCAGUCCAAGUUCUUUAAAAAAAUUUUUUGAUAAAGUCGUCAUGAAGUGCCGUAUUUGACAGCAUUUGCUGCCUUGUCAGAUAACUCACUGUGUUUCUAUCCACCAAAAUACAGCAUAUGUUUUUUUUUUUUUUUACCAAGCGGAUAAAUUAAAAAUCUCUGUUCUACUUUUUUUAACUUGGUUACAUAUCUAAACGAAAAUAUGAAAACGAAUGGAAAUAUAUCCUAGCCCUGCAAUAAAAUCACUGAACCAACCAUGCGACUCACACAAAUCUUUUAAUAGUUUAAUUACAAACAUGUACAAUUUCUGUGUACAUUAUUGCAGUAGUGGGUAUAACUGUAACGCAGAUCUGUUUUGUCUCUACAUCACCGCAAAUAUCGCUCAUACCGCUUGCUUCUCCCAGCACGAACGCAGACUAUACCUGUUAAUGCUUUUUCUACAUCGUUCAAGUGCAAUAAGUGUAACAUUUACCCUAACAUUCAAUGCCCGUUCCAUUCUGCUGUUCAGGGUCGCCCUAUUCUCGACACUCCGCAUGGCCGACGAGCAGGCCAGAAGAAAAGCUUUGCCUAUCCCAGCUUUAUGGAUGAAGACACAGUUGAUGGUGGAGACACUCUGGAUUCAUCAUUCUUCAGCAAGGCAAGACUUAUUUUAAUUGUAUUUUUAACACCCAAUAUUUGUGGUAUUACUCAAAGAACUUUUUAAACAAAAACCUCUGCUAUGACCGCAGGUCGACAUGCACGAUGAAACUUUUUCUAUGCCAGAUGAUGUUUUCGAGUCGCCCCCUCUCUCCGCUCCAUAUUUUCGUGCUCAUGUGCCAACUCCUGAAUACCAGACUGAUGGACCUAUAUCUUCAGCGUGAGUGACACAAUGUCUUAUACACUAAUAAACAUUUGAAAUUUGUAUCUUUUACAAUCUACAUCCUCCUUUUGAUCGAGAUCAGCAUUACCAAAAAUUUAGAUCUUCAGAUGAUCUCCAACCCAAACAUCUAGGGAUCUACAGUUUGCUUACCCCUGAUCUAGAUUACCUGAAAUCUUUCAUAAUUUUGGUACAUUUUACAACCACUGCCACUGUUUCUACAGUGAUAUUAUUGACUUACCUCCAGAGAUGUUCUCUUUGUAUGUAGAAUUUCUAUGCUAAAGGGAUAAAGUAAAAUAUUUAAAUUAAAAAUGGAUAAAACUUUUAGAUUUCCUCCAUUAUUAAUUGUAUAUAUUUAUUCAUCAUAAUAAUUAUUUUUGUGUUCUGACCCUUGGAAUGUGGACGUGAUGUGUACCCAAAAGAACAUGUUUGAUCUGUCAAUCUCCAUUGUUGUGUAGAACCAUCCCAUGUAGUUAAGUGUUGUGUUAUGAAGUAAUAGACUCUAAUAAUGUCUACGGGACACUGAUAUUGACCAAAUAGAAUCUCCAUUUGAGAAGAAUCAUCAGGGUUUUUUUAAUUCUAACUUUAUCCAUCUUACUAGGAAGGAACCAGUGAGACCCUGCCAGACCUUCGUCAGCAACACUCGCAGAGGCAAACGCAUUGCAUCUCAGGUGAAACAUUUUGCAUUUGACCGUAAGAAGCGUUUGUAUGGCCUUGGUGUCGUGGGGAACUGGUUGAAUCGAACGUACAGACGCAGCAUCAGCAGUACUGUGCAAAGUCAGCUGGAACACAUAGACAGCCACAGGUGAGAAGAAAUUUUGUUGCAGGGAGAAAGACCAGGAUGAAUGGUGUGAAAAAAUGGCAAAAUGCUUUGGGAGGAAUGGUAAUUUUUAGGGGGCACACUUGUACAGGAUGGGACACAGAGAAGGCCAGACAAAAUUAAAUGGCAAAUUUAAUAAUCUUACCAUAAUUCUAGGAGCAUAGAAAGGCAUCGCACCAUAGAGUGAGUGGGAUCUGGUGUAACAGAUGAACUAACAAGUAGAAUGUAUACUUGGCUAUAAACAGGGUUGGAAAAUGUGGAAAAAAGCAGGAGAAUCAGUCAGUUUUAAAAGUACCGCUUACAGUGAAUUUCACUUCUCUACUUAUUGCAGACCGUACUUUACAUACUGGAUCACUUUCGUACAUGUCCUCAUUACCCUCCUCGCCAUCGGUACAUACGGCAUUGCACCCAUUGGCUUUGCUCAGCAUACCACCACUGAACUGGUAUGUUUUACCUUUGUGUUUUCUGUGUUUACAUUAAGUUCCAAGCUACCCCCAUAAUUAUAUAUUCUGUAUAAUCAACAAAAAGGCCACGCGAUCUCUCAGGCAUUCUUGUCCGUCAUAUGUGUUCAUUACAGCCUGUAAACUAAUCCCACUGCUUUGUCCACAUUUUGAUAAUUGCAAUGCUCUUCUUUCACGAACUCCCUCUUUGUAUCAUGCAUUACCUUACGCUCUUCUGUCCCAGCUGCCUUUAAAAUAUUUUGCUAUAAAAGAUUAGUAUGGAAGUGAAGUCAUUCAUCCCUUAAUACAGCUUUGUGACAGUGGCCCAUGGGCAAGACAAUGUAAAUUGUAUGGGAUACAAAGUACAUAUAUCCUAAACACAUACAACCAAGACAUUCUGCGGUCAUAUUUCCUAUACCUUUUAUCUACAGGUACUACGCAACAAAGGUGUGUACGAAAGUGUGAAAUAUAUUCAGCAGGAAAAUUUCUGGAUUGGUCCAAGUUCAGUAAGUGGACAGCUUUCAUUGUUAUUCCUAUAAAUCUCCAGUUGCUUUUUUAUUGUGAACAUGAUUCUUUGCCACAAACCACCAAAUCAUGGUCACAUUGCAUUAAUUUAUCUAAAAUGUUUGUUUGUAUUACACUACCUGUUUUUUACUGCCACUGUAUCAGUUUCCUGUUCUGCAGACAUUUGAGUUUCCUGCAUUGACAAACAAAAAAAUUAGUCCUCAUCUAAUUUUUACCCUCAAAUCUUUCCUGCAGAUAGCUCUCAUUCAUUUGGGAGCCAAGUUUUCCCCCUGUAUACGGAGGGAUGCCCAAGUUGAGCGUUUAAUUGAGAAAGAGCGUGAUCGAGAGCGAAUAUCUGGCUGCUGCAUUCAAAAUGAUGAUUCUGGUUGCGUCCAAACUCUUAAAAAAGACUGUUCAGUGAGUAUUGAUAAAAAAAGACGCACCUUGAUAUCCUAAGCUGUCAGUGUGUCGUACUACUUAGUUACCACUAGAUGGCACCCAUUCUGUUCCAGUUUAAAUGGCGAACGGAAAACUGAAGCCACUUUUUUUUAAUUUAUUUUCUUUUUGAGCUGAUUAAGGGGAAGGAAGCCAAAGGGAGGUCUCUGAAAUAAUUAUUCAUGUAAAAUUAGAUAUAUAUCUAUAUAUCCCUACUGGAUUAUCCAUCUGCGAGCUUUCUGUGCAAUCUAUAUUACUGAGAGCUAGUGGAGUGGGGCAGGUCUGGUUUAUUGGUUUUUGUGCAAGAUGUACCCAGUUCAGUCUGUGAGACUGAACCGAAAGUUCCCAGCCUGCCCUGAGAACAAACUGAUUAAAAAUGUGUGUGUGUUCUAAUUCUAAAUGGGCUAAAAACAUGACUCAGGUUUUAAAGAUACUGCUAAUAUGGAGAUAUUCAUCAGAAGACCAGUAAGGAACCUUACUUAGGGCAGCAAGUACUCACUGUGUAAUUCUUUCAUUGGUUGUUGCAUGAAGAAAGAGUCACUCUGGGUUUCUCUGGAAAUUUUAAAUAUCGCAUACUGUUCACAUAUUCUCUGGAACUCCUCUAGAGGAGUCAUGGAUCUGACAUGACUAGUAGGAAUGUUUUAAAUAUGAACUGAAGUAAGAAUGCAGAAUUGUAAGACAAGGAAACAAAGCAGUUGGAAAUUGGAAUGAACCAGACAGCAGCUAAACAUAGACACUGAAAAUACCAGUAUAUGCAGGAGCCUGUUAUUGUGUAACCUCUUCCUUGACUACCCUUUAGUUUUUACGGGAACCACCUUGCUAUUAUACCAUGAAAAACUCCCUGCGCUUACAUUGACCCAGCAAAAAUGGGUUUCCACAAAACAUUAUGAUUUGCUCUGCCCUUCAUGGCCAGAGUUCUCUUCAAGUACCAGCUCGGCUCAUAGUCUCAAAUUUGAUUAAGCCGUCAGUGGUUUGUGGAAAUGCCCUGAUUCUACCCAUAUCUUUCUGUUCUUGGGCUCACUACACAAUUUCUUAUCCCAUUAGUUGCAGUUACCUGUCUCCUUUGAUUGCACAACGUUGCCUUUGGUCCAAGUGAAAGGCCUGUUCUGUAGAACAAAGUGUUUGAUUUUUAAUACACCUUGUGACAGUCUGAAUAAGUGUUACCGUCUGUCAUUCCCUUAUUCCAUUAAAAUAUUGCCAGUAAUCCACAGGUUAAAAUAUCGCUGGUGUCGCAUAACAAUCCACACAUGAGCCAAAGCUUAAUGCUGGAACAAGACUGGUUUAAUGGCAAGAAAAGGCAUUCAAUUUAUACAGCUUCAAACUCCUCCUCUGAGCCAGCGAGAUAAUUGAGUUUUGGAAACAUACUAAACUCCAUUAUCUGCUGGCCAGAAAAAGUUUACAAUUUCUCAUUUUUCAGAAAUACCAUAUAAAUGCAUAAAAACCCCACAAAAUAUCCAGUAGCUGAACUUUAUGGGAGCAACAUACUAAAAAUUCAGACAAAUCCGUUUGGUAGUUUUUGAACAGCACUGUGUGGAAAAUUGACCGGUCUGCCAUGAGGUUGAAUCCGAAAAGGAGUUCCAUAGAAUUGGUAGCAAGAGCAGGUCUCCGUUCACGUGAAUUCAUACGAAAACCGCCAUAGAUGAAGUAAAGCUGAUUCGUGCAGAAUGCUCCUGUUGUUCAUCUGAUUCAAACUCCCGAACACCGUUCGUUUACUGUACUGGGAAGUAGUACGUAGGGGACUUCUAUAUAGACGAGUUUGUGUGAUUUCCAUGCCCAAAUCAGUUACAUGCACUCGGCGACCAAGUCCUGCUGGCUGCGUUCGGGAGGCAAGAUGGCCGCCUUCCAUUGUUCUCAACACGUGCGUUCGUAUGCACGAAAUGGCGGCCACCUAAGAGCAUUCAAUUAGGCUGCGGUUUUCGUAUGGUUACACAGUGUUCCAUGUUCUGAUUAGUACCCAGGGUGGUCUCCAUUCGGUAAAACAAAUUAUUUACCGAACAACAAAAAAUAAAACUAAUAACCAAGUGAAUUAAGUAGCAGGCAGUAGAAAUAACUGAACGGUUACUGGGGAAAUCCCUCACCCACCUCGUCGCACUCAAAUGGUCCUCUAAGCCCUGUAUGUUGAUACAUUCCUUGCCAGAUGUUUCACUCUUCUUGUCUCUAUUGGUGCCCCUUCCUUUCACAUUCUGUCCAUUCUAUCGCUGUCAUUCAUUCUUUUAGCCAUCUUUGUUUUUGUUUAGUUUUUUUUCUUUUCAAUAAAAAAAAAAAAACCCAAUUUUUUUAUUUUUAUAAAAGGAGUGAAUAAUAGAAUUUUGAGAAUCAAAUGGUAAGUGGCUGCUGAAAAGCUUAAAAAUCACUGUUUCCUUAGUUCAUUUCCUGCUAGAGUCUGUUUCUCAGACACGUCUUUUCUUCCCUCGUUAAGUCAGCAGUUAUUAAUCUACUUUGUUGUCUCUCAUAAGCGAUUGUAACGGAACUCCCCAUACCUUCCGUUAAUGGACGCUUCCUAGCCUGUGCCGAGGACCACAAGCACUGCACCGAACACCACAACCACUGCAGACUCCACAAUCGCCGUAGCUUAACUGGAGUCUCUCCGUCUUCUGUCCACCCUGGAUCAGCUUCUGUCCUCCAGGACCGUGUGGGGAAGAGAGCGUAUCAGGAACAAGCUCUUAAAAGAGCUAAGUGAUUAAAGCUCAGGGGAGUAUGCAGAGUAUACCAUCCCCAGUGUGAGUAUAGCUGUCCCCUCCAAUCACGAGACAAGACUACGUGUUGAGGGUCAAGAAGAACUGACUCCAAUGAGCGUUUAUUCCUGCUUAUAUACAAAUUUCCCAGCAAGGUUACCACCCACGUGGACCUUGUGGGGCACUGAAACUGUACACUUUGCAGCCAAUCAAAUAAAGGCACAUGGAUAAUCACACCCACUUAUUACAGUAAGAAUCCUACCCUCUGCUUGGGAGAUAAUUGAGUUAAUUCAAUAAUCUCCAAGCUAAAACAUAUUUUUAUACAAUUUUUAUAACUUUGUGAUUUUACAUGCAAUACAAAUAAAACUAUAUUUUUACAACCAGCAUAACUUGGGGAUAAAAAUAUCCAAAAUUCACUUGAAUCGGUUAAGUGGUUAAAAAGUUAGAUGGAAGUCUGUUUUUGACCGACCGCAAGCACAUUUUCAUGCCCAAAAAGUUCCAUAGAUUUGGGCUGUGCGGUCGAUCUAUUUCAGACAGAAAAAGUCCCAUUCGAAUGCACGAACCGGGCAACCUUCGUGCAAUUGGCUCAGUAUAGCAGUACAUUCAAACUGCCGAAUGGGACUUAGUUUCCAGCUGCAGAGUCUAAGAGUAGAAGAAGGUAAGGGUCAGCGGUGUUCGUUGAAAUGUGUAGCAGAUUUCAGUUCCAUGAACUUGGCUGCACACACCGCUGACCGCGUUCGGCUGAAUAAAGAUGGUUUGUACGAACAGCGGCCACCCAGCGGUCGGCAAUUUACCUACCAUCCUGGGAGGUAAAUUAGUCGCACGCCUCCACUUCUGGGUGUUCCGUCUGUGCAGUAAAUGGCUCGGUAAGCCCCAAUUACCGAACCAUAAGGGAGAAAGCCAUGUAAAAGUUAUUUCCACAGUCUGGGGUUUCUGGGCACACAGACUUAAAGGGGCAUUGUUCCAUUUUUCACCAUGUCCCAAAAAUGUACUUAAAGGGUCAGCACCAGUCCAAUGAAAGUCCAUAAGCCCCAAUAAUGUUUUUAAAGGGCCAUACACACCAAGGCCAUAGUCGCAGGACAGGAGGCUGGCAAGCAAGCCUCUCCAGGACCAAGUGGUGAAGGGCACUUCGUCACAAGCGACUUGCCAUUUAUUUGACUUGGAUGCACUCUAAUCUAUUUUUUUUUUUUUUCUUUUAUUAAGGCAUGCGAGGUGGGAUACAGAAUAAAGAAAGGGAAAUGGUACGAGUGGGGUACACAAUGUCACAGCGUUUGCAUUAAUGAUUUACAUUUCCUAUAUAGUAAUGCCUCAUUUUUUGUUUUUAUGUUGUCGAGCUAGUAAGAAGAGAGUUGUAUAACAUGUUUAAUUAUGAGCAACUAUGUUCAACUAUGGUGAACUCUUGAGUUUGGUAGCCUCUGGGUAUUUAGGCUGGUGCUCUAAGAUGGUGGUUAAGCUGGCACUCCCCUCCUGUAUAUGAUAAGCUUCACUUAUGGGAGUACCUGGCGUCUAAAGGCGUACUGAGUGAGGAAUAGGGGCAUGAAUCACCAGUGGUGGAGCACAGUCAUAAAGAUUUUGUGAUAGGCACAUAAAGGCUAUCCUGUCUUGCUAACUGAGAGGGACCAAUUAUUCCUAGUAAUUGUUAAGCAUGGUAUUAUCGGGUAAUAAGCAGUAGGAAGCAUGCUUACUUGGUUUGACUGGCAUAUAAACAGAUUGGCGAUUAGAUGAGAGACCUAAUAAUACCCGGAAAUAAAAACAGUAAAACCAGACUGUAACACAAAAUAAAGAUGAAAUCACAAUUUCCACUAAGACUAGAUGCAGUGUUGUGCAUUUGAGAGAGAUACUGCGAAGCUUCGCAUUAGGGGUUUGUUGCUUCUUCCUGGGGCUGUUUAACCAAUGCCUAUUGAUGGCAGCCUGUUAACCCCAGGGAACAUGUGUCUAACUGCAGGCCUGCCACCCUGAGUCCCAUGGAAGUCCAGGGUACUUGCGUCCCAGGUCUCCUCCUGAUCAGCAGACUCGGUCCUUUGUUGGGGCUGAGAGAUAGGCUUCUGAUGUGGCCGCUGAGGAGAGUCCAUCUGAGGAUGUGAGCUGUGGGUGCUGGGAUGGCCCAUUAUGAGCUGGGGCCCUGAAAGCACCUGGCUCACAGCCGGGUCGGGUCGUCAAGGUUUGUGCUGAUGUGGGGACUCCUGCCUUUGGCUCUUCACUGGCCAUGCUGCAUCCGGGUCUCGCCCAUGUGGUCAUGGCGCAGCUGUGUUUUGCUGUGUGUCUGGCUUGGGCGAUGCUGCGGGGAGAGAUGCCCAUGAGUGUCGCUGGGAUUGGACCCCGGUAAGCUGAAGGCUCCUUUUGGCUUGGGGAUGUCAGGCUGGUUUCAGCUCUGGGUAGGCCUUGCAUCUGGGUGGAAGUAGAUUAGCCUCCGUUGUCGCUAGGCUCACGAGUGUAGUAUGGGAGGUUGGUUGGUGUGCUCUGGUUUAAAGACGGAGCCAGAAUGCUUGACACAUCCUCUCAAAUUUAGCCUCGAAAGACUCUCUCUAUGACAUGCUAUUGAGCCUUGCUUGUGCUCGUUGAGGGUGUAGUGCGUCCGCCAUCUUGGGAGACCAUGUGGUUGUAGAGACGCUGAGUCGUCUUGUCGACCCUGCCGAUGUGUAGGUGCACCAAGAGGGGACCGGAGCUGGGAGAUCGUCCGUCUCCCCCAACAACUGGACCGUCGGCUGCGGUAGGCCAUAGGCUGAGGCACCGUGUGCUUCCAACAGGGCACCCAAUUUCAGGCUUAGGGUGUAGUCGGAUGUGUUGAGGGUGAUCCACUGGUUGCCUAGGUUCGUGUCUCCAUGGGGUUGCCGAAGUAUUUCAGCCGUUUUAAUGCAGGUUAGCAGGAGCUAGUUACACACAUGUCUGGCCAUCUUGGCUGUCAGGCCCCGUCCCCCGAUACACUCUAAUCUUUAUGAUUAAAAGUAUAUUGAGGUCAAUUGCCACAGAUCAGAAAGAGCAAUACAAUGUAACAAUUGAAAUGCUUUUGAAUGUCAAAAUAUUUUUAGUUGUUGUCUGUUUUUUGUAUUUUUAUUUACAUGGUGGGGAUUUUUAUACAAUUAUAUGAAUUGUCGAUAGGAGAAUGUGUCCACAGCCGUCCAUUUUAAAAUAAAUAGCUUUUUGCACUUUUAAAUAUAAAAUACUAUUUUUGUGUGCAGUGAGAAACUAUUCAGUCAACUCUGCAGCCUAACCUGUGUCCAAUAAUUUAUCUGUGCAAGUGUAAUUUUACCUGGAGCAUAUGUCCUUGCUCUGUGUCAAUGUCUGAUAAUAAUUUGAUGAACACUACAUAUUUUUAAAUCUAUCAUUUUACAGGAGACUUUGGCAACGUUUAUCAAGUGGCCAGAUAACAAUGCCCCCUUCCUGGACCAGAACAGCAAUGAGAAGAGGCAGUCCGGAGCAGUCUGUCACCAAGACCCAAGGUGCAUGUUUUUUUGGGGGGUUUUGUGUGUGUGUUUUAGACAUUUGGAAAUCUGAAGCCAGCCAGCUCUCAAUUCUCCUGCAAUAAUGGUUUUCUGGGGAACAGGAAGAUAAUACGCCUAGACUCAAAACAAGUUAUAGUUGGACAUCAAUUCAGCCAGAGUGGUGGUGGACUUCACCGCCAUUCUCUCCUACAUCCCACAAAUUGGGAAAAAUACUUAUUAGGUGAUGCUAUAUAAGGUUUUAGCAUUCUCCCUUUACCUUAUUUGGGAUACGGUAGUAAUAGAGGCAGCAUUGUAACUGAAUUUAUACAAAGAUUGGGCUCAGAGUCUAAAACCACAUGCCAAGCAUUGCUGGGAUUAUUGAUGUGAUUUAGUAAAUCUGACUACUUAACACCUGGUGGUCUGUCCUAAAUUUAAGUCUGUAUCCCUGCCACGUGCUCUUGUUUUGUCCCAGAGUGGUGAUGGCUUAGCUGCCGAUUCAAGGCUUUGAUUGACACUCACCUGAUGAUCAUUAAUUACUCUGUAAACUAAGCAGCACAGGAUAUCCCAUAUAUCUAACUAGAUGACGUAUUCAAAUACAUUUCUGAGUAUACUUUUGGCCUGUGAUUUUUAUUAUUUUUAAUUAAAAAAUUUUAUUUUUACUUUGUCAUUUGAAUAUGUUCCUGAAGUUAGAUUUAAAUAUGCUGUAUAUCUAGAAUAAUACAGUAUUGUGCACGUGCUAUUGAAUGAAUAAUGGCAUAAAUACAUGACAACUUCAUGUUUUAUGUAACCACAUCUAGACAUUUGACUCUUAACCCCUUAAGGACACAUGACAUGUGUGACAUGUCAUGAUUCCCUUUUAUUCCAGAAAUUUGGUCCUUAAGGGGUUAAAUAAGCUUAUCAUUCGAAAUCAUAUUCUACUUGAUUCACAAACUUUCUUUUUUGAUAAUCCGCAUCCACAGGAUAACAAAACAUCACGAUCCUAGUAUUUCCACAAGGGAUGGUGCACUUCUUACUGACCACCCAGGGUCCACACUAGUGUUUUAUUGAUUAUCUAGAUUGAAAUACCCUUUAGAUGUGCCAUCAUUUUUAGAAGAUUAUAUAUAUGGUGUCUCAUGCUCUCUCUGAAGGUUGUUCACAUUGUCCUUGGCCAGGGCUGGCCCUUAUGAGGUCCAAGUGGGUAACUUUUUUUUUUUUUUAAUCAACAAAACCUGUUGUUACCUCUUGGUGUAGUUGUCGAUAAUUAUUUGACUGUACCAUAUUCCUCCACUGAUAUUUUGGUACAGUCAAGAAAGAGACCAGACCCACUCUUCAUAUAGAGUGGCCAGUCAGUGAGCUACAUGCAGUCAGAACAUGAUGUUGGAGGUCUUGCAUGAUCGGACUCAGCCAGCACUCUGAGGAACUUCCAUCACUGGCUGCUUGUCAGUCCAGCCUUGUAGUUGGAGAAUCCACUCUGCAAGUACCUGCUCGAGGAACUGCAUAAAAGUAAACUAUUCUUUAAACUCAUUAGAAUAAGUAGAUUCAUUGACCUCAACCCAUGUGCUUUUCUAGUUAAUCGCAGGGAUACAUUCAGUGUUUUUACCAUCUCUUUUCCUACAGGACAUGUGAGGAACCAGCUUCCAUCGCACCCCAUGUCUGGGCUGAUGACAUUACCAAGUGGCCAGUAAGUGUUUUACGUUUUUUUUUAUUUAAUUCUUUGUUUUUCACCAAAAAGAAGUGCUUAUUUGUGACAGUGUAUAGGCAUACGCAGAAGCCACAUUAUAUUUUCAGACAAUUUUGAUUGUACAGAAAGGAAGGGUGAAGCGUUGGUACAAGAAUGCAUAUUGAUAUCCCUAAACUUUAUGGCCGUCUGUUUGUUUACUUUUUUUAAUGUAUUGAUUUACAUUUUUAUUUUACAAAGAGGGAGUCUCUGCAGCCAUUAGGCAGAUAAGAUGGGUUCCUCAACUGAUCCAUCUUUCAUUUGUUUUUGUUGCUAGAUCUGUACGUUCCAGCAGACCAAUAACCACACCGGGUUGAAGCACAUGGACUGUAAAAUAAAAGGGAGACCGUGCUGCAUUGGUACAAAGGGAAGGUGAGGAUAUUUCCGGUGGUCAGAAAAUUACAUACAUAUCUUCUGCUCUAAGCUUACCCAAGAUUCGUACAGAAGACAUAACAUUGUGUGUUAUGCAUGUGCAUGUAGUUGGUUUUACAAUAUUUUCUAUCAAUACUUUUUCUCUCAGCUGUGAAAUAACAACCCGUGAAUACUGUAGCUUUAUGCAUGGUUACUUCCAUGAGGAAGCCACACUGUGUUCUCAGGUGAGUGUCUGAAGACCUAAGUCUCGCCUCAAGGUGUGUGUGUGUGUGUGUGUGUGUGUGUGUGAAUAUAUAAAUCAUAAUCACAAAUACCUCUUUCGCCUGCAGGUUCACUGUCUGGAUGAGGUCUGUGGUUUGCUGCCAUUUUUAAAUCCCGAAAUCCCAGAUCAAUUUUAUCGCCUCUGGCUGUCACUGUUCCUUCAUGCUGGGUAUGUCCUGGUCCUGGUCAUUUUUAUUUGUUUGUUUUUUAAUGUUUUGGUAAAAUUUGGGUCAUAUUGUUCUGUAAGAUAUUUUUGUCUAGCAUGGACCCUUCAUCUGGCCAUUGUGACAUUAUUAAUAUAACUUAUCCUUUCAACUAGUCUGUAUAUUUUUGCUACUGACUAGUAAGCAACCACAUAUUCACACCCUAUAAAUAGUGAUGUCCCAAACGGUUCGGCAAACAUAAAUUUUGACCCUGUACCUCAAAGUCAGCAGACACACUCCAGCCAAUCAGCAGCAGACCAUCCCUCCCAGGCCCUCCCACCUCCUGGACAGCUCACUAAGAAUGCAGCUUCACAAUGAAUGUAAAAUGGAUGCUGUCCAGGAGGUGGGAGGGUCUGCUGCUGAUUGGCUGGAAUGUGUCUGUUGACUGUGAGGUACAGGGUCAAAGUUUAUGUUUAUGUUCGCCGUCCGCGGCGAACCGUUCGGCGAACCGUUCGGGACAUCACUACCUAUAAAUCAUCCAAAAUUUAAAUCCAUAUACUAUUUUAUUAAAAGUUCAGUUAAUAAUUUUUGUAAGAGUCAAGAUAUUACAAGGUUUCGUUAUACAAGAAGAAUCCAACUAGUAUUGAGUUAUUGCCUGAACUCAACAUUUAUGAUUAUUCAAAAACGAGUUUUAGAUUUUUGAGCUUUUCAGAGAUUUCACAGUAAAAAGAAUUUGUGCACCAUCGGCAGGCUUUCCCCCAGUGUAUUUCACUCUCCUUAAUGUUGAAUGGUAGAACUUCAAAUACACAUGGCUUUGUCCAUGAACUACUUGACCGCACUUUUCACCUUAUGCUCCCAGCCUAUCACUGGCUGCCCAGCUAAACCUUCCUCACGUAGAAGCCAGCUGGCAACAAUAAAAAUAAGUGUCGGCUGCUGGAGACCUAACGUUUGACGUUAAACCGUACAAAGUAGUUCAAGCUCUGAAGGCAAGUCUGCACCGAGACACUCCUGCCCCCAUAACUUAAAUGAGGUGGAUUGUAGUGUUCCAUAAAUUAUAUACUUAUAAUAUUGGUUAAAUUAUAUGGUUAAGCAGGUGUUAAAAUGGCCAUGUGGGAUACAAUAUAGAUUAUAACCAUAACCACUGAUAUUUAGGAUCAUGUUUACAUUUUGUAUUACUGCCUUUUUUAGAACGUUCCAGCCUAUAUAAAAUCCAUCCAGAGAACAACAGAAAUAAAAAUGACGUCAUAAUAAUCAAAAUAGCCCAUUACGAACCGGAUCAAAAAGGCAACUUUGGUUAAACCUAAGCAAAAUCGCAUUUAAUAAUCUCCUCCUUUUCAAAAAAAAAUUAUGAUCUAAACAUGCUGAAAGUAUAAAAUAUGACAAUUCUCUCUUGAAUUAGAUCAUAUAGCUUAAGUCAAGGGUGUCCAAUAGUUAGAUCCACAGAUAUUUUUAAAGCUACAGCUUCGAUGAUUACAAUUUCAUGUUAGUUAACACAUUUUACAGCUCUGCAGAAUUUGUUGGCACUAUAUAAAUAAUAAUAAUGAUGCAUUGUCAUUCCAAAAAACACGCAAAGCAUCAUGGAAGUUGUAUUUCUACAAAAUCCCAGGUUUUUGUACAAUGCCCUUCUAGCUUCAAUGUACGGUGUUUGUAUUGUUUUUGGUUUUUAUUCUGUCGUCCUUUUUUGUUUUUUUUUUGUUUGUUUUUUAAUAUAUGCUGGGGGAAAAAACUUUUCCUUUACAUUGCUUCUUCCAUUUAAAGUGAAAGCCUUAAAUGCAGUAAUGAUCGUUGGCUCAAACACUAUUUUUUUGUCCUCAAAUUAAAGCAGACAAGGAAUGCACCUCCUUGGCACGGUGAUCUGACAUGAUUUGAUUUUUAUACUUUCAGAGGACAUUAUAUGUUCAUUAAACCUGGUCUUUAAGUGUCUGUUUGGGCUUCUCACUUUUUCAGGUAUAAUGCAGAACUACCGGUCGUAUCAAAUCCUUAUUCAAAUAUUAAGACCCACCAUUUUAUUUUCAGAAUUAUUCACUGCUUGGUGUCAUUAGUUUUCCAAAUGACUGUCCUGCGUGACCUCGAGAAACUUGCAGGUUGGCUACGCAUCUCCAUCAUCUUCCUGUUGAGUGGGAUUACAGGAAAUCUAGCCAGUGCCUUAUUCCUGCCUUACAGGGCUGAGGUGAGUGGCCAUUGCACUUCUUCAGUGUAGAAAUGUGUAUUACGAUUUCACUAUUUUAAAGAAAAUACACAUAAAUGUAUCUGUCAUGGUAAACACAAGCUCAUAUAAACUCCCUCCUGCAGCAAUGAAUGGAUUAAAACCUUUUUUCCCCUGCCUUACUCCAGCUCGGAGGUCCCUUGGCGCUGUCUACAUCUCUGCCUUCUCAAAUGUCAUCGCGAGGGAGAACUUAGUUCUCCAGACAUGCAUUAGGCCUUCCUCAUAGGAAAACAUUGCAUCAAUGCUUUCCUAUGUGGAUUUUGAAGAUCCUUGACGUCCUUCUGCAAAGCAUGAGGACGUCCAGGGUUGUUUCAUAGAGUUAAACUCUGUGAAACAGCAGGAAGCUCCUAUAGUGGCUAUCUAGAAGACCGUCACUAAAUGUUGUCUUAACACUUCAAUGUAAACAUUACAGUUUUUGUUGUUUUUAAAAAAAACUGCAGUUUUUUACAUUGCUGGGUUAAGGGGACAGGGACACCCCACCAAGACUACUUCUAUGUGAUGAAGUGGUCUGGGUACCCAUAGCGUCCCUUUAAUUAACCCAUUUGUUUUCAUAACCAGUCAGGACUCUGAAUAACUAGGUUUUUACACCACUGCGUUUCUGGUGGGGUUAAACAGAAAUUGUGAAAUACCAAAAACGUGUGUGUGUGUGUGUGUGUGUUUAAAAUUAUAUUUUCUAGCUUUGCUCUGUUGGUGUGCUAAUUGCUAUCUGAAAUAUUUCGCAACACUGCUGUGCUAGAAGAUGUGCUGUUUUUUUGUUGUUUGUUUUUGGGUUUUUUUUGUGUGUGUAUCUGAGCUGUCUUCAUUCAGCUCAUUGCUACUUUUAUAUUUAUCAUUGUCCAUUCAUAUCUCUGUCCAUUCAUUCUCUGUCCAUUCUGUUACUCAGUCCUUCUCCUUUGUAACACUGAUCCUUUAUCUUGUCCGUCUGUAUCUGGAGCUCUUUGUCCUCUAUUAGGUAUCUCAUCCAUGCCCUCAUCACCCUCCUAGCUGAUAGUUUGUGCACUUUCACUCCUGUGAGAUUCCAUUCUAUCUCACUUGCACGUGUCUCUCAGUCUCAUGUCUAAGACUUUCUCACUUUCAUAAGCUAAUCCUGAGAUAAGCUGUCUGGUGUUCUUGUCUAUAAUUAAUCCUGGUGAUCAGAUGGCUAGAAUCUGUCACCCAUUUCCUUAGCUUAACUGUCUGCUAUUUUCUCUGGGUCACUGCAUGUUAUGUGUUGCUUCAAACAAACAUUCAUGCUAUUGUAAACAGUACUUCUCUGUCGAGCUUUUGUUUUCUUCCCCUAUUGAAUUAUUGUAUAUGUUAUUAAUAAUGUAACAUGACCUAUGGCAUCAACCUUCACCUACAUAGUUAGUCAUACAACCGUGAACAAAAUAGUGCGUCAUUAAAGGUUGAGUUUGUUUGUUUUGUUUUUUAGUUGUCUAUCAAUCUAGAUUACUAGUUAACUAUAUGUCAUUCGUAAGAUUGUCUAACUACACUUUGUCUUUUUGUCUUUUCCUUGUCUGUCUUCAUUUCCAAACCAUUUCCUCCUCUCAACAUGUGGCAUGAAUUCUCUUUGAUUAUUUGAAACCUCUUUUUUUGCCUGCACUCUUUGUAUGUUAAAUUCAUCUGCUUCUUUAAGUUUGAUUUUAUUUAAAAAAAAUGAUAAAUUUUCCCUCUGAAUUUUUCUUUCUUUUUUAUUGCAGCUACUAUUCUGUCUUUCUUUGUUGCUAUUAUUUAUUUAUUUGUCGUUCGUUUUUUCAUCUGUGGCAGAUAUUAAAGUUUUGAGAGACCCCCAUUUUAUCCCAUUGUUUUACACCCAUCAUAUUACCCUCUCCUGCUUUAGGUUGGACCUGCAGGCUCACAGUUUGGUCUCCUGGCAUGCCUCUUUGUGGAACUCUUCCAGAGCUGGCAAAUUUUGGCUAAUCCUUGGAAGGCAUUUUUCAAACUUGUGGGCAUUGUUCUUUUCCUUUUCCUGUUUGGCCUACUCCCCUGGAUUGACAACAUAGCCCACAUCUUUGGAUUCAUUAGUGGCCUACUCCUUUCAUUUUCUUUCCUUCCUUACAUCACAUUCGGCACAGCAGACAAGUUCCGCAAGCGAGCCAUGAUCAUAAUCUCGCUGCUGGUUUUCAUUGGGCUUUUUACCUCCCUGGUGAUUUGGCUUUAUGUACAUCCUAUUAAUUGGGCAUGGAUUGAGUUCCUUACCUGUAUACCGUUUACCAACAAGUUCUGUGAGAAGUAUGAUAUAGAUCAGGUUCUUCACUGA